AGGGAGGCUAUAUAGCGGGCGGACCGGAACAGAGUCAAUGCGCUGGGGCACCAGUUAGUCCAGGAUAUAUGUAUCAAUGUGACACCUACACGGUUAUAAAUAUUUGUUAUUUAUUGUGUAGGCUGCUAUCCUACUUUAAAUAAAAUCAUGUGAGAGAAAAAAAUCGCCACAAUAUCUACCGCCGGCGACACAACCAUGAUACCCAUUAGGAAGCACAUCAAGUCGGCAGGCACAACACUCAACACUGGUCGCCGGCUAACUAUCGACUCGUCGUGCAGCCCAAUCAGCCAAGCAAAACGGUCUUGAGUGCCAACAAAUCUGCCCAAUUAUCUGAAUCGCUUUCCAUACACCCACUCCUUUCGACACAGUCCGGUCGCCAUAUUGGGCUGCAGCUACUCAUACUUGUGGUUGGUUGACAAUAGAGCUUCACACAUUGCAGGCGAUGGCUGUAGGAUGAAGUUGGUGAAGAGCAACUGCAGAACAUGCAGUCAAAACUUCAUGAACUUUGAUCACAUUCAUUUUGGAAAGUUCAUGUAGUCGACAAGUAAACGCAAAUCGGACAUUUUUUUAAUCCAUAAUGCAACCCAUUUUGAAAGGUUGGUCACCGACUUGACAAAAGGGAUCCGCUCAAACGCGCCCAAUGUAUGACGUUUUAGAGAUUCAGAAGGUACAUAUAAGCGCAUGUGGCUACACUCAUUGUGGAACUUGUAGUCACAUUCACAUGCUAGAGAAGCACUUCCAGAACCAUUGUGCAUUACCAGAACUGCACUACCCAUAGAUCAUUCGGUUUAUCAAGACUGUCUCAGACACGGAAGGUAAAGAAAAGUGCGAUACUGUAGAAGAUCCGAGAGGAGUUCACACUGCAUCAAGUCUAAAAGUUGUGAUCUGCUCUGGAGUCCAGUUACACUUAUAGACGGCCUCCAUCUGUCCUUCUAUCCCUCCUUCCAUCCCUCCCUUCUCUAAUUACCAGACCCGGGGACCGUGAGAAGCAAGCGAGGUUGAAGGUCUGCAGUCAUCACCAUGUCUACAUUCCGUUUUGGACAGCACGUCAUCAAGGCCUCAGCAGUGUUUCUACAAACUGAGUUGUCCUUCGCCCUGGUCAACAGGAAGCCUGUGGUGCCUGGACAUGUGUUGGUGUGUCCUCUGCGGCCCGUUGAGCGUUUCCGAGACUUGCAUCCUGAUGAGGUGGCUGACCUCUUCACCACUACCCAGAGAGUGGCUGACCUGGUGGAGAAACACUUCCAGGUUUCCUCCCUCACCAUCGCCAUACAGGAUGGCCCUGAAGCCGGACAAACUGUGAAGCAUGUUCACGUGCAUGUCCUCCCCAGGAAGGCAGGUGACUUUGAGAGAAACGACAACGUCUAUGAUGAGCUCCAGAAGCAUGACCGUGAGAGUGAGGACGUCCCUUCCAGGUGGAGAACAGAGGAGGAGAUGGCAGCAGAGGCUUCUGAUCUGAGGAAACAAUUCAGCUAAACUGCCCUGUAAAGAACCACUUUAAAUCUCUAUAACGACAACUUGCAACGUUUCAAGUGAUUGUGAAGUGGAUAAUUCUUCAGUUGGCACUGUUGUUGGAAAAAGUAUUUUGAACUGAACUGAUGUGGUUGAUUACAGUUCAUACAUCUUUAAAUGUAAUGUGUGACUUGUAUUAUUACCUCAGAUGUUGUUUUUGUGGUGUUUUUGUUGUUCUCCUUGGAAUUUAUUGGGGUUAGACUUGUACCAGAGUUAUUGUUGUUGUUUAAAUUUUUAUAUUCCAUGAGUGUCACAACAUGUAAAUGUGGAAUUAUUCAUCAAUCGCUCUCCCUUGCAUCAGUUCUUAAUCGCACCAAGUCAGUGCUCAUAACAACAUUUAAAGGCCCUCUAAACCCCACAGUCACAGCUAUGAACAUGCUUGUGAGCACCUCCAUGCAAAGCGGAGCUAAAAACGAGUGGAUAAUGAAGGUAACAUGUGGUUAAUAAAGAGGAGCAGCUGCUCUGGGAUCUGUGAAAUUGUCAAAUCAGAUUUAGUGUGCCGUAGGAGACAACAAGCCUGCCAAAGAGUCAGCUGAAGGCAAUAGAUCUGCUUCCACAUUGACAGAGGUCAUAGUAGUGGAAAGCAGAGAUGUUGUUGUUGCUGGUUUUUCUUCAUAUUUGUGAUUAACUUUAAGCAUCUGAUUUGGAAAAAAGUUUGCUUUUCAUAAUAAUCAGUUUAGUUGAGUUUAUUAGGAUCCCCAUUAGCUACUGCACAUGCAGCAGCUACACUAUCCCGGGGUCCACAUAAAACAUACAAAUACAUAGCAAAAAAAACUAAAGAUAUCACAUUCAAUUAAAAUAAGAGUUAUAUAUAUAGGAAGUUCAAGAAGAGACCAAAAAAAGACUAUUUACAGCGAGAUAAUGAAGGCCUGAAACAUUACGAAAAGCAUUUUGAAGCCUAAUUUCAGUUUUCAGUUGAAGCUUUGAUACACUUUCAUUUCCUUCAACUCAGUUGUAAAACGCUUAAAAGUAUUUCCCUGCACUCUUAGAAAAAAAUUAGUUCCGAAAGGGUUAUUCGGCUGUCCCCAUAGGAUAACCCUUUUUUGGUUCCAGGUAGAUCCAUUUUGGGUUCCAUGUAGAACCCUCUGUGGAAAAGGAUCUACAUGGAACCCCAAAUAGUUUUACCUCAAACAAAAAAGGGUUCUUCAAAGGAUUCUCCUAUGGGGACAGCCAAAGAACCCAUUUAGGUUCUAGAUAGCACCUAUGUUUCUAUCAGUGUUGAGUCCAGGGAAUGGGUUUUGUUUGGUACAAGGUUGAAUGAAAAAUGUACCAUAAUAAAUGGUGUGAAUUGAAAUGGUGUGAUUGAAACAAUGACCACAGUAAUGGAUUAAUUCCUGGUGGUUAUGCCUGAUGAAUAGCACAGCAUAAGGCUACAUUGAUUUUCUUUUUUGUAUCGAUGUUGGAAUAAAAUGCCAGUCUUGCCAUUUACUCA